AUGAAGGUCCAGAUCGUGAUUGCUGCCCUCGCCACUCUGCUGUUGCCCGUCCACGGUGCUUCGAACACUGCUCGCCUCCAGUGUGCUGGAGGAGUCCCUGACAACACAGGCGCCGGCUCUGGCAUCAUUUACGAGAACUCUGGCUUCUUGACCGCUGACUUCACCCAGAAGUCCUGCGCCGCGGCAGGCGGCUCGAUCGAUUCUAGCAAGAAGGGCAACGACAAGUGCUGCAUAGUCCCCGCUUCUCCCGGUCAAAAGCCUGGAAGCAACUACCAGACGUUCCGUCCCUUUGCCCGGUAUUGCUAG